UUCCUGUCUUGCUCAGAAGGAGAGCAGAUCAGUUUCUUAUUUGACUGCAUCGUCAGAGGAAUCGCCCCCAGCCGAGCCUUGCAUGGCGUGUCGACUAACCAGCCAGGUCGGGAUGCAGACCCCGCCUCUGCAGAGAAACGGAUCAGCCAGGAGACCUGCGAGCUGGAGAAGAGACUCAGCAUGUUGUCUCAGUGCAGUCUGGCCAGUAGCUCAUCCUCCACUUACAGCUGCAGCACAUCUGUUGCCGGGGACGACCACAGCUUCUCCAGCUCCUCAUCCAGUCAGUCGGAUGCAAGUUAUGGAAACAAGUUUCCGUUUUGGGUGGAGCCCUCGGUCAGAUCGCACCUUUCCAAUGAGAUGUCGUCUAGCUCCUCCACGCUGAAGGCUUUGACCCGGUCAGACGACAGACUGUACGGCGCUGCCAGGGACAGCUCAGGGAGCCAUCAGUCUUCUGCACAGCGCCAACCUCGAGGGCUUAAUGACUGCGACCGCCAGAGCUCCUUAGACAGUGGGAUUGGAAUAGCGACAGGCAGUCAGUCAUCGUAUUCUGGGAGCUAUUCUUCAUGCAACGGGAGUCUGGACAUGGCCAGCCAACAAGGAGGAGGAGGAGAGGACGAUGAGUCAGUGGUCAGCCCUCCUGCUCCUUUCAAUCCCCCUUCUUCACCUCCUCCAAUGCCUCCUUCAUCACCUUUUCACCCCACGGUUGUUCCGGAGCACAAAUGCCCAUCCAGGUGCGCCUCCCAAGCAUCUCAGAGACGCAGCGCGGAGUACCAGAUCCCCAGCCUGCUCAGACAGUGGUAUGACACCCCCAGGAGUCUUCUUCAGGCCCUGACGCUGAGAGAAUCGUCCGCCCAGAAAGCCCCACCAGACCUGAGAGGCAAGGCCUUUACUGGCGGAGGCGGUGGUCAGGAACAGAGGUUAGAUGUGAGAGGUCCCAGAAAACUGAGGGCUCAGUGUCAGUGGAUGAUGCAGCGCUCACACUCCUGGGGUAGUGAGAGAGCGCCCCCUGUGGACAGUGAAGGAGAGUCCACACCUUCGGCUCAGGCGGCCUCAAGCAGCUCGGUUCCAGCAGAGUCGCAGGAACAUGGCUCUUUAGUAACAGAUCUUUCUUCUGUCUUUUCUACCAAGACACAAGGGGAGAAACUCGGAGACAGUGAGAGUGUUAAGGUCAAAGGUCUGAAUAGGAAGUUGUCUGGUUCACCACCUUCAGUUCCUCCUCCGCCUCCUCCCCUGACGCUUAGUACGCUCAGAACGAUAUCAGCAUGUGCUAUGUUCCCGUCCAUCCGAGAAUCUCAUCCGUCUCCAUCCACUGGCCUUCACAGAGACUACGGUAGCAGCUACGUUAAUAUCCCCACUACUGCCCUUCAGGCCACGACCACAGAGCUGCUGUACUCACAGCUGAACCUGCACAGCUCAAGUCAUGAGUCCAGUCCAUACAGAGCUGUGAGACGGGAUCUCCUGCAGCUCUAUAGGCACAAAGAUGAUGCCAUCAGGUACGCCCACCUCGACAUCGCUGCCAUGGAAACAGCUCAGAGAGUGGGGGCGGAGCAUGUUCAGGGCAGAGAGGACAGGCUGACUCAGCUGGAGAGCAGGUGGCGAGGGCCACCGAACUGACUCUGCGACGCCCAACUCCAGAAGGACUUCAGAGUGGUUUUCCACCGCAGCCCCCUCUGAAUAUCUCAGUAAGCUGGAAGGCCUGCUCCCAGUCAGUCGUACCGAUCGCUGCUGCACUUACACACACCCACAGGUUCACCAGCGCAGUCAUUUCCACAAGCAAUUCAUUCCACUAAAAGUAAGAAAAUGUGUGGGAGGUUUUUCUGCUGUUGUCAUCUUGUAAAGUGCAACUUAUUUUUAAAUUAGUGUUUGACACAAAUUUCACUGCAUGACACUAAACGUAAGGUAUUGAGUUUUGUUUUGUUUUUUUACACAAUGUUGGCGCACUAGUAAAAACUUACUUAAUUAGGAAGGAAUGACACCAAAGUCAUGAUUGAUUUAGACAAAAAAAAAAAAGCAGGGUGCCAUGAUGUGUUGAGCUGAAAUGACAUUUA